CGUAAUUACUCCCAUGCAAUUGUCGGCGAUAGUCAGCGUCCUUGUCCUGGCGGCGGUCCAGACGGCCCAUGCGGCAUUCUAUGUGCCGGGGGUGGCUCCUGAGAGCUGGGAGGAAGGGGAAAAGCUUCCUCUGAACGUGAACAAGAUCACGUCCACGAAGACCCUCGUACCGUACGAGUACUACUACCUGCCGUUCUGUGCGCCGUCGACGCCCGAAGAACAGCAAGAGAACUUGGGCGAAAUCAUGUCGGGGGACGCUAUCAUGGACUCUAUGUAUGCGUUGAACAUGAACAAAGAAGUGCGCUGCCAAGUGCUGUGCAAGCCCAUGACGUACACGCCGGAGAAAUCGGCGCUGUUUGUCGAGAUGAUCGAGAACGAGUACUACGUGCAAUGGGUGCUGGAUAAUCUCCCUGUGUUGUACGAAGACGCGUCGUUCGGGAACGAAGGCGCGCAGAACAGCGACCCGAACGCCCCGCUGUCGGCCGCGUACCAUCGCGGGUUCCCCGUCGGCGAAGUUGACGACGAAGGCAAGUACUUUCUGUACAACCACGUGCGCAUCGUUGUGCUCACGCAUCCCGAUCCGUACGCGGACGUGGGUGUACCCAAGUGGCGCGUUGUGGGGUUUGAAGUUGUCCCCACGUCGAUCCGGCACGAGUACUCGGGGACCCUCACGAGCGGCAGCGAGCUGGAAUCGUCGACAUGCGGCAAGUUUGUGCAAGUGGACGAAGCCAGCGAGUCGCGCCGCAUGUACCUGGACCCGACCGCGACCAACACCGUGCUGUACACGUACGACGUGCAGUUUGUCAAGUCGGACAUUUCGUGGGAGAACCGAUGGGACCGCAUCCUGUCGUCGCGCGCAUCGAACGACCAGAUCCACUGGUUCUCGAUCGUGAAUUCGCUCAUGAUUGUGCUCUUCUUGACCGGGAUGAUCGCCAUGAUCAUGCUCCGAACCCUCCAUCGCGACAUUGCGCGCUACAACGAAGUCCAAACCACCGAAGAGGCCGCCGAAGAAAGCGGAUGGAAGUUGGUCCACGCCGACGUCUUCCGCCCGCCGUCGUACUCGCCCAUGCUCUUCUCUGUCGUGGUCGGCACCGGCGUCCAAGUCGUGUGCAUGUCGUCGGCCACAAUGGUCAUCGCGUUGCUGGGUCUGUUGUCACCUGCCAACCGCGGCUCGCUCCUCACAACGCUCCUCUUGCUCUUUGUCUUUAUGGGCUCGUUUGCAGGUGGUACCCUUGAUGUGUUUAUAGCGUUCGUGUUAUGUUGUAUUAUAUAUUUUGCUGAUCCAACAUAUUUGAUUUUUUUUUUUUUUACGUUUUGUAUUCCAAAUCAUAGUGUCGUAUUUGAUCCAAAACUUAUUUUAAAUACUUUGAAUUGUUUCCAAAUCCUGAGCAAUUGACGACCGUGUUGUUGUAGGGUACCAUAGUUCCCGCACGUACAAGAUGUUUCACGGCAAGGACUGGAAGCGCACGAUGCUGCUCACGGCCGUGCUGUACCCCGGGGCACUGUUUGUCGUGUUUUUCUUUUUGAAUUUGGCGUUUUGGGCCAAAACGUCGUCGCAGGCCGUGCCAUUCGGGACGUUGUUUGCGCUCUUGGUGCUGUGGUUUGGCAUUUCCAUGCCGUUGGUGUGCCUCGGCUCGUACUUUGGGUUCAAGCAACCGGCGAUAGAACAACCGGUGAAGACAAAUCAAAUCGCACGUCAAAUCCCCGACCAAGUGUGGUACCUAUCGACGCCGUUCGCGGUGUGCGUGGGCGGGAUCUUGCCGUUUGGCGCCGUGUUCAUCGAGCUGUUUUUCAUCAUGUCGGCGCUGUGGCUGCACCAGAUUUACUACGUGUUUGGGUUCCUCUUCGUCGUGCUGGUGAUUUUGGUCGCCACGUGUGCCGAGGUGACGAUUGUCAUGUGCUACUUUCAGCUUUGUGCCGAGGACUACCACUGGUGGUGGCGGUCGUUUCUCACGUCUGGAUCCGCCGCGCUCUACUUGUACCUGUACUCGUUCUUGUACUUCUUCUCCAAGCUCAACAUCACCGAAGUCGUGUCGGCGUUCGUGUACUUUGGGUACAUGGCCAUGAUCUCGCUCACGUUUUUCUUUCUCACGGGCACCGUCGGGUACUUUGCAUGCUUUUGGUUUGUCCGCAAGAUCUACGCGUCCAUCAAGAUCGACUAAGUCUUUUUUACAAAAACGACCACCGACCGUCCCCUGUUAGCGUACAUACAUAUACAUAAACCCAAAGAAUGAGGAACCUUCGUGUGAAAGA